AUGGACCCUCUAGAGGAAGCUUUGCCGCCGGCUACGGACUAUCUCACUUACCUAACUCUUCUGGAGUAUCAAUUGACCCCUGCUCGUCUUCCGCUAUUGCAUAAGCUGCUACAAGAUGAAAAGCUCACCACGAAUAUCGGGUGGGACCUGGUCAAGCUUCUCUUACCCAUGCUCCCCGCGUCGACCGAGUGCCUACAGGAUGUAGCCCGCCUAGGAAACCCGCGAGAGGUGAUCUUGCGUGUAUCCGAGUCUUUGAUGCAACUUCAACCGGAGGAUGAGGACGAGGAAGAUGACGCUGAAGCCAGCGACGAAGGACUACCUUCGCACAUCCUAAAGUUUAACUGCCUUCUCGGCAUGCUUUCGGUACUACACAAGCGGAUACAGACCAAGGUUCCCAGUCGAUUCAUGGCAACUUCCUUGCAGGCGGCACUCGAAGCAUAUACCUCGAUGCCAACUAACGAGACCACAUUGGCUUUCCUUGAGUUCCUUCGCGAGGUUUCUCCGUCCAAACGACCUGCACCGCCCCCAAGAGUUGCUAGUGAGUCAAGUGUGCUCAGGGUGGCUGCAGAAUCUGCACCAGAUCCUGAAGCAGAGGUAUCGUCGCCGUCCCCCUCUGCCGAUAACGAGACUCUUUUGGUCCGAAAAUUCAUUCAAUUCAGUCUAUUGGAGUUGUUGAAAUCAUAUCUCCUGAGUUUCUCCGGCCCUACGGAUCCAGGGAUGUCAUGGGCAAUCCGUAUGCAGGAACACCUGCAUCCCGAUCUGCGGCUACCCGGCUCCCAGUCUCAAACUGAAGCAUACGCAUCAACAAAGGAGCUGAAAGAACGCGAUAUGAUCAUGGGAAAGCUUGUGGCUCUAUCAAGAGAUGUUGGCCUCGAUAGCAAUCAACUCCUGGCGAUAAUCUCAAGCUCGGCAACAGAUCAAGUUGCGCAGCUUGAUUUUGAUGAACCGCCCACAGAUCCAAAUCAGAUUCCACUCGAACGACACGGGUCUCUUCUUUUACUAGCCGCCCGAACUGCAGGUGCAACUCUCUUCGCUUCCGGUCAACCACUGCCCCAACUGGCAGUUUUCCCUGAUUUAUCUUUGAUUUUCAACCACUUCGUUGGUGGAUCGACCAAUCUCGACGAAAUAGCUUUUGGCCAACCUCAUGCGUUGCUCGACUCCCUGCUAGCCGUGACCGUCUACACCUUACAGCAACCGACCCGCCCUCCGUCUAAUGAGGCCGAUUUCAAACAAUUUGUUGUCACUUUGACAGCAUGCACAGCACGUCAAAGUCACGGCAUUGUUCGCCAGAUUCCGGCUACUGUUUUCCAGAGUUAUCCUUCGCCUGAGACUCGGUUCAAGCUGAUUUACAAUAUCUUGAAGGAAGAUCGUCUAGCUUCGGCUCGCGACAGUGCUAUCACCUGGCUGAAGCAAGAGCUACUUGCCGGCUCAAGUACAUUGUUCCAAGACCCACAUUAUCUUUGGGCCUUGUUCCCGACUUUGUUCAGCCCGGUCAGCACAGCCAGCUCUUCUGAUCUUGUUACUGCCUGGACUCGUCUCACUCAGACCCAAGGCCCACCUCUACACUCAGCCUUGAACCUAUACUACCUUCUGCUUUCCUCAACUUCGCUUCGAAGCACGCUCCAGCUCGAGAAGACUGUCAAAUUCUUCCGUAGCCAUGUUCUGGAUCCCCUUCGACGGGUAUUCCACGCCUUUGAAGUUGAUCUCACCGCCAAGGGUGGUGAAGGUGUCAUUGAGGCUGCUGUUGGCGAGGAGAUGUGCCAAGCUGGCAAUGCCAGGUCUGCGGGGCUGAUUGGACUUACCCUGGACCAAAUCGAGGAGAUUGUAACAGAUGUCUUUGGUUCUGAUGACGCAGAUCUGGCGGAAUAUUCUGACUCUGACAAUGCCCAGGUGGCUGAAAUUCGCAAGCGAAUGGAAGUUUGGAACUAG